AUGAGGGGUGGAGGUUGCAGUGUCCAGUCAGCCCUAACGCCUGAGGCUGGGAACAUGGUGAAACAAGCCAUGGCCUUGGCGAGACAGCGUGGUCAUGCUCAGGGCACGCCUCUUCAUGUAUCUAGCACCAUGCUCUCUGCUCCCACUUGUUUACUCAGAACAGCUUCUCUUCAAUCCCACACUCAUCCUUUUCAAUGCAGAGCACUUGAGCUCUGUUUCAAUGUUGAGGAUUUUUCCUGGUUAGUUGAACUCUCUACUGCAAACGGUGGACCUUUGAUCUUGUCAGAAGCAUGGUUGGCAGUUCACGGACCGCGUAAUCUUCACAUGGGAUCCACAUGGGAAUGGCAAUCAAGAAAUUAUUCAUCGGAUGUCUCAGACGAGGAAGCUUCAAGAGCUCUACACGAGCUUCUUCCAAAGUCUAGUGUAGUGUAUCCAAACAUAGAGAAGUGGGAUUUUGCGGAAGCAAGGGCGGGUUUGAGAGCAAUGCCAAUGCCACCGGUCACUAGCCAUGGCUCACUACCACUCUUGGGAUGUAUAGAUCAGCUCGUAGGUGCGGCAAGCGAGUCUUCGAAAUUCUGGUUCUUUGGAGGGCUCGGAUCAUGCUUGGAUUACUCUAUCAUGCUUGGAUUGGGAAACUCAUAG